AUGGAAAAACAAAUUGUGGUUAAAACUGAAGUUCAGCCAAAUGGAGAUAUACUGUUAUUUUAUGUUGAUGAACAUGAAGAUUUGAAUGCUGGUAUAUUAGAUAACACAGAUGAAAAUAGUAUACAGGGUUUGUCAGACAAGUAUAUUGUGGAAGAAGAUCUUGGAGAAGGAGAUUCUGCUGAAGAACUUGAUAUUGCCCAAGCUUCAGAGGAAGUUGCCAAUGAAGUAUGGGAAGAUGAAGAAAUCAGACGUCUCAUCAUUUUUUAUCUUGAUAAUAAAGAAACAUUUCUCGGUGGAACAACAAAAAAAGUACAUUUGUGGGCAGUUGCAUGUAAGACUAUGUUGGCUGGAAAACAACCUUUGUCAUGUGAAGUGAAACUUAGAAAUUUAAAGAGAAGAUAUGCUCAGUUACGAGUUGACAACCAGACAGGUACCUUUAUCAACUGGCCAAUGUAUGAUUUGUGUCACCAAGCAUUUCAUGACGAUACAUUUGUUCAAAUGUGUCUAAACGAGCCCACUCAAGAAUCUGUUACAAUGAGUAUGCCUGUACAGAAUGUUGUUAAUAAGGAUGGAGUAUUAGUUGUAAAAAAGGUUAAUACAAAUCAAAACAAAGAUGAAAAGGUUGAAUCUAUGUUAAAUUUGUAUAUAAAACAUAAAAUUUUUUUUCAAAAACAUAAUACACAAAAAGGUCUCUGGGAAGCCAUUGCUAUGGAUUUGGGAGAGGCAGACGUUGACUACUGGCAUAAGCGUUUCUUAAAUUUUAAACAGCAUUAUAUUAGAAUGGUCUAUAAAAGAAAAGAAAGUGGGGCUGAAAAUGUCAAUUGGCCAUAUAUGAAAUAUUUUGAUAAAAUCUUUGGUGAAGAUGAAGAAUUUCAACGUAAAUUUAUCCAAAAUAGCCCCGAUUCUUCCCCUUCCGAAAAUGAUGAGAAUUUCUGGAAUGAAACAGAAAAAACCUUUUUAGUUAAAUACUGUUUUGAUUGUUUACAUGAAUUUCAAGAUCCAUCCAUUCCAAAUAUGUUUCUUUGGCAAGAAGUAGGUAGGUUACUAGACAAAAAACCAGAUAGUUGUAAAAAAAAAUUUGAAGAACUUAAAAACGCUCAUUUUGAGCAACUUAUGCAAGGUGGCUACAAUUUAGUUGACCGAGUGCCAUUAGCUAUCUUGUUUGAUAAUAUAAUAGCUAAAGAGGUUGAAAAUGAAGUUGAGAAUCCAACAAGGCGUGACUCAGAUAUAUGGAAAACCGAACAAAUAGAUGAAUUAGUACAAUAUUUGUAUGAAAAUAUAGAUAUGCUAAAAGACUCUGUAUGUUAUUAUGUUUGUUGGGCGACAUUAGCUAAAAAAUUACACAGAAGUAUAGACUCGUGUAAGAAACAGUGGAAUGACUUGACAGCUUUGUACAAAACUAUUCUAGAUGAUAAAAAAGAAGAUCCUGAAAUGCAAAUAGAUUGGCGAUACAUUGAUCUCUUUGAUAGAAUAUUUGAUUAUGGAAUGGACACUAAUUUGUUGGAUGGUUAUGAAAAGCUAAAAGGUCUGAGUCAAGUUAAUAAGUCUAGUAAAAUUGGAGUCAAGAAAAUAACUAUAAAAGAUAGCGACGAAAAACUCAUAGACAAUGGAACAGAUGAUGAAGAGUCUUACGACGAGAGGGGAUUUGCGAAGCGUUCAAAAAAACGCAAUGGCGAUACUAAAGCAUUUAAAAUAUUGGAAUACUAUUUAAAGAAUAAAGAUAAGUUUGCUUCGUCACAACAAAAGAAGUUAGCACUGUGGGAAGUACUGGCGAGGCAAAUAGGAAUAUCAGCAACUGAAUGUGCCCACAGGUUCCGAAACUUUAAACAAGUUUACACUGGAUAUGUUCAAAGGGAAAUAAAUAAGCCAGAAAUGCCAAUACUUUGGCCAUAUUAUAGCUUGUGUAAGAAAGUCUUUGGUUACAGAGCAAUCAAAUCUAAACUGAAGAAUGGUAAGAUUGAGUCUGACGAUUCAGAAGAUUGGUCCGCUAAAGAAAUUAAGCAAAUAAUCAAUUAUUUUGCCAAAAAUUACCAAGAUUUAAUGGAUAAUGUAGAGAAAAAAAGCAAAUGGACGAAAAUUGCCGGCGACUUAGGCAGAACAGAGACUAGCUGUUGUGAAAAAUUCUUAGAACUAAGAAAGUCGUAUAGAAAAUUAAAAACUAUGAAAACUCGUAAUCCUGAUGUGAAAGUGUCUUGGAAAUAUUUUAAUAUGAUCGAUGAUAUAUAUAAGAACAGAGAUCAGAAUGAGGAGAUAGAAAUGUUAGAAACUAUGGAGGUUGAUGAGCACAGUGACUACGAUGGUGUUGUUAAGACAGAAAUUCAAGAAGAUGACGAUUUUCAGUGUAUCAUAGUUAUACCCGAAGGCGAGGAUAUAAACAAUGCACAAAUAAUUAUGCAAAGACCAGACGAAAACGUAGAAAUUGUUACAGAAAAACAAUCAAUAAUAACUAAAUGGAACCGACGAAGUAAUGCUAAUUUGGAUGAUAUCUACGAAGAUGUUCCAAUGUCAGAUGAUAAAGUGGAGAAAGCUCUAAAAUACUAUUUGCAAAACUUAGAAGAUUUUGUCAGUCCCAAAUUCGAGCAGAAGUAUCUUUGGAGUGAAUUAGCAAAAUUUAUUUGUGAACCAGUCAAUAAAAUAUAUAGCAAAAUUAAUUACUUGAAGCAAACAUUCAGUUUGGACCUGGACAGUCCUUAUAAGGAUAUAUUAUUAGAAAUUACAAUGAAAGAGAAAACAUUAACAGAUUGUAUGGAAAAAGAUCAUAAUCCUUUACCUGAAGAUGAAAAUGAACAGAAUUGGUCGGAUAUUGAAAUUGAAAGGUUGUUGACUUGGUAUUUAGCUCAUUUGGAUAAAUUUAAAAACCCAAAAUUUGUUAGAAGUUAUCUAUGGAUGGAGGCUUCGGACAUUUUAAAGAAGAGUGCUUUGGUGUGUUCUAAGAAAAUGUUAGAAAUACGAUCGCAAUAUAGGACUAUGGUGAAAGAGAAUCCAGAAGAAUUAAAUAAUUGGAAGUUUUAUAAUCUGUGCCAAAGAAUCUAUGGUACUGGCAAGAAAAGUAGUUUGAAUAAC